AUUAUUUUUUAUUUUUUUUUGAAAAACCCAUAAACCCUAACAAGAACAAAUAAGAAUUGUUUCUUUGACAUUCUUCUCCUCAAUUUCCCGCACCUCUUCAACUCAGUGAAGAGGGAGCGACCAACAAAUUAAUAUCUUCCCGAAAAUUAAAAUCUUUUUCAAAUGAUCCAAAAGCCCCCAACUCAGAAUAACAAGCAGUUGGUGUUUGGGGAUGUCUAUGGAGCUGUUUUGCUUCCUAAACAGGUGGAGCUUGAAAAAUCCCAGAAUAUGGACCUUAAAUUCCAAGUUCCUGAUGUUGGCAAAGCGUUUCAGGAUUUUAUUGGAACCAGAGAAGUAGGGGAGUUUCUUAGUGGUGCUUUGGCCGGGGCAAUGUCGAAGGCGGUUUUGGCACCUCUUGAAACCAUCAGGACAAGAAUGGUUGUUGGUGUUGGAUCAAGAAGUAUAGCCGGAAGUUUCAUAGAGGUCUUUCAGCAGCAUGGAUUGCCAGGUCUCUGGGCAGGGAACACAAUUAACAUGCUGCGCAUUGUCCCUACUCAAGCUAUUGAGCUCGGAACAUUUGAGUGGGUCAAGCGAACAAUGACUUUAAACCAAGAGAAAUGGAACCGUGAUGGAAAUCCUAAGCUCCAAUUUGGCGACAUUACUUUGAGCAUUCCUCUUUCAUGGCUGUCCCCAGUUGGCUUAGCAGGCGCUGCUGCUGGAAUUGCUGGAACACUUGCUUGCCAUCCUCUGGAAGUUGUUAAGGAUCGAUUGACUGUGCGACCUGAGGAUUACCCUAAUUUAACAGUUGCUCUUAGUAAAAUUUACAAAGAUGGCGGUGUUGGUGGGUUGUAUUCCGGUCUUGCUCCUACCCUUGUGGGUAUGCUCCCAUACAGCACAUGCUAUUAUUUCAUGUAUGACAAAUUGAAGACGUCUUAUUGUGGUGCAAAGAAUAAGAAAAAGCUGAGCCGUGUUGAGAUGCUUUUGCUUGGAGCUGUUUCAGGUCUUACAGCAAGUACAAUUAGCUUCCCACUCGAGGUAGCUAGGAAAAGGUUGAUGGUUGGAGCACUGCAAGGAAAAUGCCCGCCAAAUAUGGCUGCAGCACUAGCAGAAGUAAUUAGGGAAGAAGGUAUAAUGGGGAUUUAUAGAGGUUGGGGUGCAAGUGCUCUGAAAGUCAUGCCAAACUCAGGCAUCACCUGGAUGUUUUAUGAAGCCUGGAAAGACAUUUUACUACUCGAAAGACGUCAUUUAUAAACGUCCUAAAAACCCUAGUCCCCUGUUUUAUGAUGGGAUGAAACUUGAUAAUGAUGACAUUUUUGGUUUCCUUCAACCAGAAUUUUGAUACAAAAACCAUGAUAUGAGGCUGUCAGGCUUCAUCAAGCGGGAGCGAAAGUUAAUUAUGAGUGAAAAUAGAUACUUUCAUGUUCUUUGGAAUUUAGAAGUUCUAGUUUACAUUGACUGAUAUACUAAUCUUGUUUUAGCUACAACUUCUUUGUUACUGAAGAGUAUCUGUGAUGCUGUUCUAGUCAGUUCUGUUUCUUGAAACACAUAUUCUGUCAUGGUGUCUGGUUAUUGACAAUAAACUUUCCGCCUACUUAAAUUUCUCUGCC